CUGAAGGGACAGCUCCCCGCCCCCGGAGCGAGGGGUGCUGAAGGGACAGCUCCUCCGCCCAGCUGUGCUGAAGGGACAGCUCCCCUCCCCCGGAGCGAGGGGUGCUGAAGGGACAGCUCCUUCCUCCCUCCACCUCUCCUUCUGUCGCCGCCCGCUUGCCCAGCGGCUGCGGCGACCAUGCCCUGACGCUCCCAGCGGCGCGACUUCAUGGCGGUGGCCAGGAAAAUCAAAACUUUGUUGACCGUGAACAUCUUGGUCUUCGUGGGCAUCAUCCUCUUCUCCGUCUACUGCCGCCUCCAGGACCGCUCGCAGGAGCUGGUGCAGAUCGUGCGCAGCUCCGAGCGCCGCGCCAGGAGCCGGGGGGCCAAGGCAGGCAGCCUGGCGGACAGGGAGGCCAUCCUGCAGCGCCUCGACCACCUGGAGGAAGUGGUCUACAACCAGCUCAAUGGUUUAGCCAAGCCAAUGGGACUAGUUGAAGGUCCAGGAGGCCUGGGCCAGGGAGGAAUGGCUGCUACUCUGAGAGAUGACAGUCAUGAGUCUGAGACUAAGUAUGAAGAAUAUGGUUACAAUGCCCAGCUUAGUGACCGGAUAUCCCUGGACAGGUCCAUUCCUGACUACAGACCAAAAAAGUGCAAGCAGAUGACCUACCCUGAUGACCUGCCCCAGAUUUCGGUGGUGUUUAUUUUUGUAAACGAGGCACUGUCUGUCAUCUUGCGCUCUGUGCACAGUGUUGUGAACCAUACUCCAUCCCAUUUGCUCAAGGAGAUCAUUCUGGUGGAUGACAACAGUGAUAACGUUGAGCUGAAGUUCAAUCUGGAUCAGUAUGUCAAUAAGAGAUACCCAGGCCUGGUGAAAAUAGUGCGUAACAACAAACGGGAAGGACUGAUUAGAGCCAGAAUCCAAGGCUGGAAAGCAGCAACCGCUCCCAUUGUUGGUUUCUUCGAUGCUCAUGUUGAGUUCAACACUGGCUGGGUGGAGCCAGCACUUACCCGGAUCAAAGAAGACCGAAAGCGGAUCAUCCUCCCAGCUAUUGACAAUAUCAAGUACAACACGUUCGAAGUGCAGCAAUAUGCCAAUGCAGCCCACGGUUAUAACUGGGGACUGUGGUGCAUGUAUAUAAUCCCUCCCCAGGACUGGCUUGAUAAAGGGGAUGAGUCUGCUCCCAUCAGGACCCCAGCAAUGAUUGGGUGUUCGUUUGUGGUGAACCGGGAGUACUUUGGUGAGAUUGGUCUGCUUGACCCUGGAAUGGAAGUCUACGGGGGAGAAAAUAUUGAACUGGGCAUGCGGGUCUGGCAGUGCGGAGGAAGCAUGGAAGUCUUACCUUGCUCUAGAGUGGCUCACAUUGAACGCACAAAGAAACCUUACAACAAUGACAUUGACUACUAUGCGAAGCGCAAUGCCUUGCGAGCUGCUGAGGUCUGGAUGGACGACUUCAAGUCACAUGUUUACAUGGCAUGGAAUAUCCCAAUGACAAACCCAGGAGUUGACUUUGGAGAUGUUUCAGAAAGAAUAGCUCUACGGCAGCGACUGCAAUGCCGGAGUUUUAAGUGGUACUUGGAGAAUGUUUAUCCUGAAAUGAGGAUUUACAAUAAUACAAUCACUUAUGGAGAGGUUCGUAACAGCAAAGCUAGCGGCUACUGCUUAGACCAAGGAGCAGAAGAUGAUGACAAAGCAAUCCUCUAUCCGUGCCAUGGAAUGUCCUCCCAGCUUGUUCGCUACAGCUCUGAAGGGCUCCUGCAGUUAGGGCCUCUGGGCUCCACCGCCUUUCUUCCGGACUCGAAAUGUCUCAUUGACGAUGGGAAAGGCAGGACCCCUACUCUGAAGAAAUGUGAAGAUGUUGUGAGGGCUUCACAAAGACUGUGGGAUUUUACACAGAAUGGCCCAAUCAUCAGUAGAGACACUGGACGGUGUCUUGAAGUAGAAAUGUCAAAGGAUGCCAACUUUGGGCUUAGACUCGUGGUACAAAGGUGCUCGGGGCAAAAGUGGAUGAUUAGAAACUGGAUAAAACAUGGUCGGCAUUGACCACUGGAGCUGAGAAGUUGCCACCUCAACUGUAAUUCAUUGCUCUGUGUGCCAUACCCUCCAAGGCGCUUUUGUUAAAGCAGACUACUGUGAAAAGGAGUUGACUCCCCAGAGUCGUGGACUAUUAGGCACUGAUUCACAAACAGAUGCAGGUGCCCCGUCUCAUAUCUGCGGGUGCCCUUAGAAGCCUCAAAUGAACUUUGUGUUGAUGUGGAAAUUUGGGAAUGAUCAAAAGAGAAGAGAGGAAUGGGCUCCUUGCAGCUCCCCCAGAAGGAUUAAGAGGCACCUGUGUGUGUGGAGAAUUCGAAGGGGAGAUCCCCAUCCUCUACUGCCUCAUUGAAGAGAACCCUUUGAUGAGUAGCUUUUUAGCUUUAAGUUAUUGACUGGUGCACAACUUCUAUGGUGAAAAAUCAUGUGCCUUUUCUACUGUACUUCCUAUACAAGUUGACUGGGAAACCCCAUCUUUUCAGCAUGUCUGAUUCAUUGUACUAAACAACAAAACCUGUAAAUAAAUAACGCUACGAAAUAUA